AUGACCGUCGCCACAAUCCAAUUGCAGCCACCAGUCAUCUCCACCAGAGCAAUUCCACUUAUCACUAAAAGAGGCAAAAGUCCUUCUCACCCUCUGACCCCCAGUGCCAAACAGCACCAGAGUCCAAUUUACAAAAAUACAUACCUCACCUUACCGGUGGUGGCAGCAGCAGUAGCCAAACUUCUGUUGAACAUGAAGUUACGCUUAGCAGCGGUGAAAGCGCCGCGGGAAGCAGUGUUAAACAAUCUAGGAAGAACCAUCGUUUGUUUGCAGAAACUAGGUUUCACGUUGGACAAAAAAAAGAGUGAGCACCUGUGUGAGUUAUAUGGUUUUCGGACAGUAGGUCGUCCGCGAGUCUCCAUACCGGUCGGCGGGUUUCGCACUAGGGGUGCUGGCCAAUGGGAGCGCGGCAACGCCAGUCCGGUGCGAACACCAAUUUUAUUGGGCGGGAGCAGGUUACCCGGCGGAACCUUUAGGCCUGUGUGA